ACUACUUCCUUCAUGAUAAAUCAGUGCAGCGUUUCUUUGUUCUCUCACAUGCUGCAGGUCUGAAGUCGACUGAACACGGCCCAAAAAGCUUUUUACGGGCUUGUAACAACCGUGGAUUCAUUUAGUCCAGUCCAGCCCUGCUCACAAGAAGGCACAGAAAGAGGAAACCUGCUGAACUGAACGAUGUCUGCACACCCGAGAGUUGUCCACAACAGGAGACAGACCAUCACAGCCCUGCCUCUGUAUUACUCAGGACACCUGCUGAAGAAAAGCACCGGAGAGAAGGACUUUAAGAGUUACUACGGAGAGCUGAGAGGAGAGUCGCUGUUCCUGUACAAGGAUGACACACAGGACACGUACUCAGAGAGGCUGGAACUGGCGCAGCUAAAGUCCAUGGAGUUAGACUCUCCUUAUCAGAAGAAAAUGCCGACAAUUUUCACCUUGAAUCUGCCUACAGAGGAGGUGCACCUAAAGAUGGACAAUGCUGACACAGGAGAGGAAUGGAGGGGUUACAUCCUGACUGUGGUUAACAGAGAGAUUCCUGCAAAGCUGCAGUUGCUACCAGGUCAGAUGAUAAAACUGGGGGAGGUUCUGGUUCAGGAGAACUGUAGGAACCCCAAACUGACACGCCCACCCCUCCCACCUCGACCCAUGCACUUGAAGCCUCAAAGCUCUCAAAUGCCGUCCUGUUUCCUGGAUGUGACUCGACAGGAAGCAGAGAAGAUGCUGGAGGCCAACCUGGAGAAUGGGAGCAUCAUCCUCCGCCCGUCCGCCAUGCCCAAGAACUAUGCCCUGACCCUGAGGCAGAAGACGUCCAGGGGACCUGUCCUGAAGAACUACAGAGUGACCUCCACAAAGUCUGGGUUUGUGAUCGAGCUUGAGACUCCGGUGACCGUGCCGUCUCUGAACGAUGUGCUGAAGUUCUUCCUGGAGAAGACAGAGUACCGUCUGUGUCCUUAUGUGGAUUCUCAGCCCUACGACACUCAUAUCUUACCGUCCUCUGCUCCAGAGUGUGUCAGCAUCCCCUCUCCAUCAUCCAUAGCGCCACCCAAAGCACAAGUAGCACCGCUGCUGCGUUCACAGACCAAAGAGAAGCUCCCUCCGCCUCCGCACAAACCUGAUGAAGGAGAGUACGUGGUGCCAGAUGAUUCUCUUGAUCACAACAGGAAGUUAGCUCAGCUGGGUAAUGAGCUUCGAAAGGCUUUAAAGACGAGGAGAGAAAAUAUCUACAGCGAAUCUGGACAAGAUGAAGCUGAUGCUUAUGAGAAUGAGGCUGAUCGGAGGGCCAGCUGGACGGUGCAGUGCGGCGGUCCAAAGGCAUAAGUCUCAUCUUUCUCUGUGAAUCUGACUGAGCUCAGCCUCCACAGGCGUUACUGCUGAGGAGCUUCAAUGGUGCUGUGAGGUCAAAGGUCAGGGAUGAAGGAAAUUCUAGCAGAUCAUUCAAUGGCCCUAAAAGUCUCUGUGUGUGUAAUCUAAAGACGUCUGCUGUUAAAGCAGAGAGAAAAAUACACUAAACUUGGUUAAUUUAAGGACAUUUUGAGGAUUCGUUCAGGAACAUCCUCUGUUCUCAUGUUGGUGUAGAUUCUUAGAUUCUGGUUUUUACUUUCACUAGUUGCUUAAGAGAGGGUAUAUUCAACGUUAAUAAUUAAAAAACCUAAACUUUUCCAAUACAUCGUGAAAAACUUUAAACUGAAGAUGACCACUUCCUUUCAUUACAUCUUUGUUUUCCUGCUCUGGAUCUUUGUUUCAUGCUUUUAUUUUGUUUCUUUGAGAUUUUUAAACAUUUUAAUGCUGCUGAUUAUAUUCAUGCUCAUGUAAAGAGUUGUAGAAUAUGUUUUAUGAUGGCAGAAACACUAGUCUUAACUCAUUCACUGCCAGCCAUUUCCUGAUCAGAAAAGCUUUUCGCUGCCCGCGUUUUUCAGUUUUCACUGUUUUUUAAGGAGACAGUUAACGUUCCGCACUAGGAUGAUGUCAUUGUCAAAACUACCAAAACAAAGAGUAGACUCACCUCUUACAUCAGGAAGAAUCCGCGCAUUUAAUCUGUUCUUUCAUAAUUUGUUGUCGAAUUGUAAUCGGCAGAAGCUUUCCUGGUUCGUGCCUCACUUUUUUUACAGCAGCGGCCCAAAACGAUCUCCUAACACAUGGAUUUUCUGCUUCCUGAUCACGUGACGUGUGAUGUAUGGGGAUGAAGAUCGGCUUUAGAGCUAAGAUGUUUGUUCUCACAAUGUGGGGGCCCGUUCCGACGCCCACACAGUAAAAAAAAUGCUAAUGACAUAUUCAGUCGUCAUUGGCAGUGAACAUUUGGAUUUAAAAUGACGACUUUUCUCGUCAAUGGCAGUUAAUGAGUUAACUGUGGUCAGACUAGCCGUUAGCUUAUUAGCAUUGAAGGAUGUUUCUCUAAACUGAGGCCAUUCAGAAAUGAUGGGUAAGAUAUUAUAACUGUCACACAAAAAUCCUCACAUUAAAAAAAAGAUCAUUUGUCAAAAUCAGUUUUCACUUAAACAACUAAAUCAUUCAGAUUUUCUGUUUAACUUUUAGCUGAAUAUUUGUGUUUUCAUCUGUUUAUUCCCGAAACUACAUAACAAACAAAAAGCUUUAAAGGGGCAUUAUGGAAGUUUGACAGCCAAAACAUGUAUAGAAAUAAUAAAUUUCUUCUUCAUACAUUCUCCUGCAAUGCCCUGGUCCUGUAGAAUGAGCCCUGGCAUUUUUACUGUGAUUGCCUGUUUUUCUGUAAAAUCACAGAAAAAGAGUUGCUCGGGUCUAGCAGGCUGCUUCAUGCGCGUCACGCUCAGGCAUCGCCCGUAGCAUUUGCUAUCAGUAGCUUAAGCAGCAGAGAGAGAGGCAGUGCCAACUCUGCGACUUUGUCGCUGUUCCUCACGUCUAGUGAUGAACCUAGCUACAUUUCUGAGGACCCUUAGCUACUUUCUUCUUGAUGUUUCCUGCAAAUUAGCAACAAAAUAGCCAUUUUUGCUCCGAACCGUUCUUUGAACGUUGUUUCAGCUGUCAUCAAGGAUAUAAAUAUUACAGAUACCAAAAACAUCACUGGUACUUUUGCUCAUCUAGUUAGACAUUGGACUAUCGUGCAGGAGACCCGGGUUCGAUUCUGGGUGAGAACACAGUUUAUUUAGAGUUUAUUUAUUACAUUAAUGGUAUAUUUUUUACAGUAAGAUGCCCAAAUUUUUAUUUGAGACUCGCCGAACGGCAUUGAAUUCACAGAUAAAAAAGAUGUGGGUUCAACUUUCAUUUUGGAACAAUUUUUCAAGCAAGGGAAGGGAAUGAUCUGAGCAUGCAGGAAGACUGAAGAGAAAAGGUACAGAACCAAAUUAUUUAAUUAACUAGCUGCGCGUUCUGCUGCCCUGUCCUCCAGGGAUGGGGGUCAGCUUCACAGAGCUUCGUCUCAGCUGUUAUUUUCGUUAAGGAGUGUGCAUGUACAGCAUGCACGCCUCGUGCAUGAGCCUCCUAUUGAAGCUGCCGUUACGCUUUUGGCCAGAGGGGGUAAUCGCGAGCAUACAAAUUCAAAACUCCAUAAAGUCCCUUUAAUCUUUUAAAACAUGCCUAGAUUAGCCACAGAACAAAACAAUAAUCCAGGAUGAUUGUGAUUAUUUUUAUUUUUUCACAUCUAAGGAGUAAGCAAACAUAAAUGUUAUAAUCAUGUUUUAUAAGUUAUUCUAAGUUUUGUGUUUUAUUACUUUCUUCACUGUGGUAGAAGUUCAAGAAUCGUUCAUCACUCAAAGACAGCAAGACUGUGAAAAAUAUUCAAUAAAAAAGAAAAACAAAGA